GCAGGCCGACCACGAUGCCUGGGAAGCGUCCAUGGCGUGGCAAGGGCUGGCGACCGAAUUCCUGCAGGUGCCGGCGGUGACGCGGACGUACACCGCGGCCUGCGUCCUCACCACCGCCGCCGUGCAGCUGGAACUCCUCAGUCCUUUCCAGCUCUACUUCAACCCGCACCUCGUGUUCCGGAAGUUCCAGGUUUGGAGGCUCAUCACCAACUUCCUCUUCUUCGGGCCCCUGGGAUUCAGCUUCUUCUUCAACAUGCUCUUCGUGUUCCGCUACUCCCGCAUGCUGGAGGAGGGCUCCUUCCGCGGCCGCACGGCCGACUUCGUCUUCAUGUUUCUCUUCGGGGGCGUCCUGAUGACUCUACUGGGGCUCCUGGGCAGCCUCUUCUUCCUGGGCCAGGCCCUCACAGCCAUGCUGGUGUACGUGUGGAGCCGCCGCAGUCCUGGGGUGAGGGUCAACUUCUUCGGCCUCCUCACCUUCCAAGCGCCGUUCCUGCCUUGGGCGCUCAUGGGCUUCUCAAUGCUGCUGGGCAACUCCAUCCUGGUGGACCUGCUGGGGAUCGCAGUGGGCCAUGUCUACUACUUCCUGGAGGACGUCUUCCCCAACCAGCCUGGAGGCAAGAGGCUGCUGCUGACCCCCAGCUUCCUGAAACUGCUACUGGAUGCCCCGGCGGAGGACCCCAAUUACCUGCCCCUCCCCGAGGAGCAGCCAGGACCCCUGCAGCGGUGAGGACGACCUCACCCAGAGCCGGGUCCCCUACCCCCAACCCUGGCCUGCGACGCAGCUGCCUGUCCUGGAGGCCGGGCCCGGGCCCAGGGCCCCCGCCCUGAAUAAA